AUGGAGCAAUACGUACCACUUGUCACUCGGGACACCCCGAGUAUACACCCCGAGCAGCAUGAUUCCGUCGCGGCGUCAGAUGUGGAUUUCGAAAGACCCGAUGGCCUACCACUGCCGAGAUGGUACCAGCUGCCUAGAUGGAAUGCAUCACCGAAAUGGGAACUAACAACAGGCUGGAAUAACUGGUCAUGGCAUGGCAUACCCGAUGCGAAAACUUCCUUGUGGGGCAUAUUAUCAUUUAUUGGCACUUUGUUGCCGAGAUACGCGCAACCUGGAGGUUUAAAAGUCAAAGGAGAGCUACAUCCUACAGCGUAUUUAGACGCAUUGAGAGGGUGGGUAGCCAUUCUCGUCAUGAAUUAUCAUACUUUCGGCAACAAGGCGACGAUACUCGAAAAACCCUUGUUCAGUGCCUUUCUCAACGGGCGAGCCAUGGUGGAUAUAUUCUUUGUCAUCUCAGGAUACGUUCUGAGCUACCGACUUCUUAGAAUGAUACGCAAUCACGAGCCAGGUUUUCAGAAAGCAUUGGCUUCCUCGACGUUUAGGCGAUGGCUGCGACUUUAUGCUUCGACCGCUAUUGCAUCACUUGUCACUGCUAUUGCCGUAUAUCUUGGCUGGUGUCGCCCAGAGUUCAGAAAGGCUACGUUCCUUGCUCAAUUAGAUCAUUGGAUGUGGGACACUGUUGCUGCAACUAGUCCAUUUGCCAACAUCAACGGCUAUUGGUCUCGCGAUGUGUUUCGAACCCAAUACCUUGAUCAGAUGUGGACUAUCCCUGUUGAAUUUCGAGGCAGUCUCGUCGUCUUCUGGUUCUGUGCCGCGGCUGCGUGCUUGUCUACAAGAGGGAGAAAGAUCUUUUGCUGCGUGGUGAUGGCACUCUGCUAUCUAUGGGCAACUGCGUAUGCUGGGAUUUUCCUCCUAGGAGUUCUUAUCGCGGAUUUCUCAUUCGAUCGCUACCCUGAGAGACUUUCUCGUAUUCGACUGGCCCAGCAACAGAAUCUGGACACAUUACCGGAGAAGGCGUGCCAACGACAGUCUCCGUUCGCCAAAGCAGGAUAUGUUUGCCUACUCCUGGUGGCGAUGUUCCUUCUUGGGCAGCCGCCCACCGAGUUCGGCUACGCAAACUAUUUUCUAUGGCCAACUCUGAGCAAGGCCAUUCCCUGGUACUACCCUCCUGAGCUGGGUCAACAUGUUUGGUUGUCCGUUGGAUCUGGUCUCUUGGUCUUCACCCUAGACAGAUGCCGCAUGCUUCAAAUUCCUCUGGAAUCGGGAUUUUCUCAAUAUUUGGGCGAUCUGUCCUUCGGUGUGUACGCCAUGCAUAACACUGUAAAUUGGUGUCUUUAUAUGCCCUACGUUGAACCAUGGCGGGCCAUACAUCUAGGCGAUGGUUUCUUUUCCGGCCUUCCUGGUAUGGUCUUCACCACUUUGGUUAUUCUCUGGGUAGCGGAUUAUUUCACGAGGAUUGAUAAUUGGGUAGUUUGGUUGGGGAAAUGGCUCGAGUCAAAGACAUUUGUUUGA